AUGUAUGGAAGUGCGCGUUCAGUCAGCCAUGCGGAGGGCAGCCCUGCCAGGUCGCCACGGUUACCACGCUCCCCUCGCCUUGGCCACCGGCGUGUGAGUGGCAGCAGUGGAGGAGGGGCAGGGGGAAAGACUCUCUCCAUGGAGAACAUUCAGUCUCUAAACGCCGCCUACGCUACCUCGGGUCCCGUCUACGUAAGUGACCAUGAAGCCCUGGCCUCCAGCGCCUACCCAAAAGGCACCAUGACUUUGGGUCGGGCUACCAGCCGGGCCUCCUAUGGGGGCAGGGCAACAGCCAUGGGCAGCAGCCCCAACAUCAGCACCUCCACUGGGCAUGUGCAUCCAGACCUUCUGGGGUAUGGAGAUCAUGGAGGUUCAGCCAUGCACUUACACUCCCUCCAUCACCAAGCGACUUCCUCCAGCUCGCUGCUGAGACAGGCGAUUAGGGGCAGUGGAGGUGGAGGAGAGGGUGGCAUGCUGGACUUUCAGGGCCAGCUGAGGGAGCUCCAGAAGGAGAACGAGCUGCUCCGGAGGGAACUGGAUGUGAAGGACAACAAGCUGAGCUCCUCAGUCAGCAGUAUUAAGACGUUCUGGAGCCCAGAGCUAAAGAAGGAAAGAGGGAUGAGGAAAGAGGAGGCGGCACGAACGUCUGUGCUUAAGGAACAGAUGAGGGUCACGCAUGAUGAAAAUCAGCAUCUCCAGUUAACCAUCCAGGCCUUGCAGGAGGAGUUGAAUACACAGAGAGACCUCAACCAGCUCCUUCAGCAAGAAGGCCGGACCACCUCCGUCCCUGGGUCCGGCUCGGAACACUUCCCUGCCAUAGAACCCACAGAAGACAACUUCCGCCAGCUCCAGACGGAGCACGAGAGGCAGGCAAAGGAGCUCUUCCUCCUGAGGAAGACUCUAGAGGAGAUGGAGCUGCGAAUAGAGACUCAGAAGCAGACGCUGGGUGCCAGAGACGAGUCCAUUAAAAAGCUGCUGGGGAUGCUCCAGAGCAAGGGUCUGCCCGGAGCCACCCUGCCCGACGAGGAAGGCCUGAGGGGCAGGCGUGAGGCGGAGGAGCAGCUGGGUCACCUAGAGGUCAUCCUGGAGCAGAAGGAGAAAGAGAACAUGCACUUGAGAGAGGAGCUCCACCGACGCAACCAGCAGACAGACCCGACCAAAACCAAGGCCCUGCAGACGGUCAUCGACAUGAAGGACACUAAAAUUGCUUCUCUGGAGCGUAACAUUCGGGACUUGGAGGAUGAGAUUCAGAUGCUGAAGACUAACGGGUUGCUCCACUCUGACGACAGAGAUGAAGACAUGAAACAAAUGGAGGUCUACAAAAGCCACUCCAAAUUUAUGAAGAACAAGAUUGAUCAGCUGAAGCAGGAGUUGUCCAAAAAGGAGUCGGAGCUGUUGGCUCUGCAGACAAAGCUGGAGACGCUGACCAAUCAGAAUUCAGACUGCAAACAUCACAUAGAGGUCUUAAAAGAGUCACUUACAGCCAAGGAACAGAGAGCCAACAUCCUCCAAACAGAGGUGGACGCUUUGAGGCUGCGUCUGGAAGAGAAGGAGACGAUCCUGAACAAGAAGAGUAAACAGCUCCAGGACGUGACGGAGGAGAAGGCCACGCUGAACGGAGAGAUCAGAGACAUGAAAGACAUGCUGGACGUCAAAGAGAGGAAGAUCAACGUCCUUCAGAAGAAGAUCGAGAAUCUUCAGGAGCAGCUGAAAGACAAAGACAAGCAGCUGGGAAGUCUGAGAGACAGAGUCAAGUCUCUUCAGACAGAUUCCAGUAACACAGACACUGCCUUGGCCACCCUAGAGGAGGCUCUGUCUGAGAAGGAGAGAAUUAUUGAGCGACUGAAGGAGCAGAGAGAGAAGGAGGAUAAAGAGAAAUUAGGGGAGGUGGAGGUGUAUAAAAAUGAGAACAAGGAGCUAAAGGAAAAACUGGCCACCCUGCAGGCCCAGCUCACGGAGAAAGAGUCCUCUUUAAUUGACUUGAAAGAACGUGCUUCAUCCUUGGCCUCCUCUGGUCUGAAAAUGGACUCCAGACUGAAGUCCCUGGAGACUGCUAUUGAGCAAAAGACGGAGGAGUGUAGUAAACUGGAGGCUCAGCUACAGAAGGCCCUUGAAUCAGAGGAGGCUGCUCGGAGGAACCCGGAGCUUUUGGAACGACUAAAACUUCUGGAAAAGGAAGUGGCCCUCCACAAAGAGGAGUCCGUGAAGUCCCAGGCGGAGGUAGAGAGACUUCUGGGUGUCCUGAAGGAGGUAGAGACAGAGCGCACCGAAAAGGACAAGAAAAUCACCGAACUAGAGAGUUUGACCUCCAGACAAGCAAAGGAACAGAAUAAGAAGCUUCCAACAGUCAAAGCCACUCAGCCUGGGGAAACCCGAGUGACAGACGGACCCCCUAAUGGUUCAGCGCGGGACAUGAUGGGUCGCAUUCGUGAACUGGAAAUGGCUCUGAGAGAGAGCAGGAGUACUUCCGCUCACAGAGAGGCAUUAUGGGUACAGGAGGAGCAGGCACGAAAUGCCGCACAAAGACAGCUGGAAGAAUUAAUGGCAGCUCUGGAGAAGACGAGACAGGAGUUAGAUGUGACAAAGCAACGUCUAACCUCUACCCAGAAUUCUCUGGCUGAGCGAGACAGUCACCUGACCAACUUGAGACAAGAACGGCGGAAACAGUUAGAGGAGAUCCUUGAAAUGAAGCAACAGGCUCUGUUGGCAGCCAUUAGUGAGAAAGACGCAAACAUUGCCCUUUUGGAACUUUCCGCCUCUAAGAAGAAGAAGACCCAGGAGGAGGUCAUGGCGUUGAAGAGAGAAAAGGAUAGAUUGAUGCACCAACUCAAACAACAGACGCAGAGCAGGAUGAAGCUCAUUGCUGAAAACUACGAUGACAGUCACCUUCAUUCGCACCAUCAUCAUCAUCACCCUCAUCACUCGCACGCGGGACAUGGACCCCACACACACCACCGUGGUCCGCCCAGAGGAGCUCCGCAUGCCAAUCACAGACCACCACCAGACCAGGAUGACGAGGAAGGCAUUUGGGCAUGA